CAGUCCAUACUACAGGACCAAGGAAAAACUGUCUCUGAGCUCCGUCACCUACAGCAACACCAUCCAACCCGCCAAAUGUUUCUGCCGGUUCGACCUCACAGGAACCUGCAACGACGACCACUGCACAUGGCAGCAUAUGAGGAACUGCACUCUGACAGGAAACCAGCUGUUUGAGGACAUCCUGUCCUACAACCUGUCUCUGAUCGGCUGCUGUGACACCAGCUCGGACGAGGACGUCAGCGCGUCCACAGAAAAGUACAUAAAGAAGCUGUUCGGCACAAACAAAGACAGGAUGGGCGUCGACCAGAAGGCGGUCCUCCUCGUUAGCAAGGUCAACGAGAGCAAACGCCACGUCCCUCCGUUCACCACCUGCAAAGACACCAGGAAGUGGAGGCCGAAGCCGGCGGCACGGAGCAGCGUCCGGCCGGAGGACGACAGCGAGGAUGAGCUGGCAGGAGGAGAGCUGACGUCGCCGGGGAGACACGGUGAGGAGGAGGAGCAGCUCGUCUUCAUCAGAGAGCGAGAGCUUUAAUCAG